AUGGGUGCAUCAGGCUUAGGUUCUGCUUUAGAAAAUUGCAUUAAUCUCUCAAAUUUGACACUUAACCUUAGUGACAAUUAAAUUGGUGCAAUGGGUGCAUCAGGCUUAGGCUCUGCUUUAGCAAAUUGCAUUAAUCUCUCAAAUUUGACACUUAAUCUUUGGUAAAAACAGUUUAUUUGUUUUGGAUUGUGA